ACAUGUGCGACAUUAGGUCCUGAUGGUCGUCCAGUUGUUGGGAUCAUCAAUUACGGUCCACGGUAUAUUGUGGCCACACCACAGCGUGUCCGCGUUGCUGCUCAUGAGAUUGCCCAUGCACUUGGAUUUAAUGUCCCUGAGAUGGAACUGAAAGAUAUGGUGGGUAGAGUUAAUUCUACGGAUGAUAAGGCAGAAUUUUUUGUUGUUGCCUCUGAAAACACACGGAGAGAGGCCAUGAACCAUUAUAAAUGUGAUACACUCAAGGGUAUGGAACUGCAAAACAUGGCGUUUGUGCAAGUACGAGAAGCUGGAAGUAGAAGGAAUGACCGACUAAGUUCAACCGUCCGCGCUCUGACUGCAAGCGUGCAAGAGGAGUAUGAGUUGGGAAAAUCACACAGUAAUGUUAUUGAUGGUCGUUUGACAGGGAAGGAGGCUGUUGGCAGUGUUGUGCAAGAGAGACGUGGAGAAGAGGGUUCCAGUGCUGCCAAGUUUACACAGAAUAUACAUCAUUCAUCAAAUGUGUGGUCGAAAAGACGUUCAAUAUACCUUCAAGCUACAGUUGCUGAAUCUCCAAGCGGAUGCACUCCUGGCAAAGAAGUGGAUACUGCGACGGGUAAACAGUGUAUUGUUGAGACAACACAAAUUCCCACAAACACUCAAUAUAACGCAGGUAAGAUGAUACGGUCACACUGGAGUCGUCGUAUUGCAAAGGAUGAGUUAAUGGUUGGUCUCGUCGGUGCUGGAUACUACACCGCACUCACAUUGGGAGCUUUCGCUGAUCUGGGCUACUACAAAGUUAAUUGGACAAUGGCAGAGCAGAUGAGUUGGGGUAAUAACUCCGGUUGUGAAUUAUUGAAUAAUAAGUGCGUAAACAGCGGGAAUCCUGACUUCUCUAAAAUGUUCUGCACAACCGAAUCCACUGACUUCCCUGCAGGACUAAAGUGCACAUCUGACCGCCAGUCACUGGGGAGUUGCAGCAGCAUUGGGGCUAACCCCGUUGCGAAACCCCUUCCCGAGCAGUUCCAAUACUUUUCAGGGAACACGAACAAGGUUGGUUCAGAAGAAUCUGAACAAAUGGAUUUCUGUCCUUUUAUUAUGGCAAAGAAAGGUUACAGCUGCAUCACUGGUGAGGAGAAAAAUAAAAUGCCUGGAAGUGUAAUUGCUAACAACUCACGUUGUGUGGAGGGUAAGGGUCUAAAGACCAAAGAAGAAGCAGCAGUUGGUGCCGUGUGUGUGGAGGUGUCUUGCAAGUUCAAGAAGGUAAUUGUGCGGUACAGUGGAAACAAUGAGUGGCACAGUUGUCAUGAAGGAGAAAAUCUAACUGUGAAUGGGACUGCACUGCAGGGUAAAAUUGUGUGCCCCAAAUACGCUGAUGUGUGCAAUACAAUCAACAAAACCCUGGAUGAAUCACAAGGUCCAGCAACAAACCCAGACAUUGUGGAAGAAGUCCAAACAAGUCAACCAGCUGCUGAGGCCACUGGAACCUCUAAACCAAGUGAAAAUGCUGGUAACCAGGAAGUUACUUCACCGGUGGUACAAAAUGAGGCAAGUACGACCACAGAAGCAAAACCCAGUGAAACUAAGGAAGAAAACAUUACCUCAUCUGUGAGUGGGCAGAAUAAUAAUAUUGUUGCGGGAAAAGGUACUGAUGGUUCUUUUAAAGCUAAUGUUUUCGCGAGUGUUAUGUUUCUUUUCUUGACACUCUCUGUGAUAAUGUCGCCAUGA